AGUACGUGGAGCACCUGAAGGACGAGGGGCGGGUCUGCGCCAUCAUCGCCCGGCUCCAGCGGUACCUGCAGGGCCGGGGGUCCCCCGAGGAGCUCUGCAGGGUCUACCUGAGGCGAGUCCUCCACACCUACUACAAGUUCGACUACAGGGCCCAGAGGAGGAGGGAAGGGGAGGAAGAGGAGGAGGAAGAGGAGGAAGAGGAGGAGGAGGAAGACUCGGCGGCACUGAUGGAACGUCUCUGCAAGUUCAUCUACGCCAAGGACCGGACGGACCGGAUCCGGACCUGCGCCAUCUUGUGCCACAUCUACCACCACGCCCUCCACAGCCGCUGGUACCAGGCCCGGGACCUCAUGCUCAUGUCCCACCUGCAGGACAACAUCCAGCACGCCGACCCCCCCGUGCAG